AUGUCGCCGACCAGUCAUCAUCGUGUCAUCGUCAUCCUUGUCAUCGCACUCUGCGUCACGACGGCGCUGACCGCGGGAAACGCGACACCACUGCCGCCGACUCGCUUUCGCGCGGCCAACAUACUGGCCGUGGAAACCGUGCCGGGCCGAAGCCAUUGGAACUUUAUGAGCGCCGUUCUGCGGGCGCUCACUGACCGCGGCCACUCGGUGGUGGCGUUCACGUCGUACCCGGCGCAGCGUUCGUCGUCCACGCAUGGCAAUUACACAGAGGUGGACACGUCCGCCGUGCUGCUCCGGCACGCCGGCGAACUGGCCACCCGCGUGCUGUCUGACUACAGCCGGCUGUCGUACAUCGUGCCGUCGGUGGUCCGAUGGAGCAGACAGUUCUGCGACGCGGUGUACGACAUGGAACAGAUCCGGGCGCUCAUGGUCAACGGCACCGACACGGCAGCCAGGUUCGACCUACUGGUCACCGAGCCGCUGGGCUCCGAGUGUGUGGCACACCUUGCCGCCGCCAUUGGGUUGCCCAUGGUGUACGUGGUACCGACGCCCAUGAUCACGUACAUGCAACCGUCCAUCGUCGGCCACUCGGCCAACCCGGCGUACGUGCCGCACCUGCUCUACGGCUCGGCGGUCCGGGCGUUCCGGCACAGGUUGGUCAACACGGCCAUGUACGCCUAUGGACGGCUGGUCAGGUGGUACGCCGAGCUCACGGCACUGCGGCGGCCGUACGAUGUCGGCGAGCCAGCCAAGCCUUCAGUCGUGUUCGUCAACAGCCACCACGUCACAGAGCCCACUAUGUUACUUCCCACCAACGUCAUACACGUUGGUGGAAUACACUUGGACCGAGACGGCGGAGCACUGCCGACUAAUAUAUUAGAAUUUAUUGAGGAUUCCCCACAUGGCGUUAUUUAUUUUACGUUCGGAUCAGUCAUAGCCAUGUCAAGUUUACCAGACCACAUUCAGGAUACAUUUAAAAACGUAUUUCGACAAAUUCCUCAAAGAGUUUUGUGGAAAUAUGAAGGUGAAAUGAAAGAUAAACCGGACAACGUGAUGAUAGGCAACUGGUUUCCUCAACGCGACGUUCUGUUGCACCCAAACGUCAAAUUGUUCAUAAGUCAUGGAGGCAUAUCUGGCGUGUACGAAGCAGUAGACGCGGGUGUUCCUGUUUUGGGCUUUCCGCUUUACUACGAUCAACCGAGAAACUUGCAAAGUCUAGUGGACGCGGGCAUGGCAAUCACAAUGGAAUUAUUGUCGAUCACCGAAGAACGAUUUCUACACUCCAUCAAGGAACUUUUACACAAUACAAAUUACACAAAAAAUGCUAUAAUCACCGCGGACCGUUUCAGAGACCGUCCUAUGACUCCUCAAGAGUCGGUCGUCUAUUGGACGGAGUACGUGCUUCGUCAUAAAGGUGCCCACCACUUGAAAUCCGAAGCACUGAACCUCACUUGGUAUCAAUACAUGUUACUGGAUGUGAUUUUUGUCGUUGUCGUGUCCUUCCUUAUCUUAAUGUGCAUGAUUUAUAAGACAUAUAGAUUAUUUUAUUUGCAUAUCAUGAAUUAUUUGAUUAGAGCCAAAAUUAAGCAACGAUAG